AUGAUUAUUUUUUCCUUAAACUUGAGAGGAGGAGGAAGUCGAGCCAAGAGGAAGAGAGUUGGCUAUCACAUUCAAAGAGGGGACGUUGAUAUUUGCUUCAUUCAAGGGACAAAGCUAAGUGGCAUAGAAUGUAAUAUAGUAAAAGAAAUGUGGGGAGAUAACCAAGUGGAAUGGUCGCAUUUGGAUGCCAACGGAGCGUCGGGAGGCAUUCUAACGAUGUGGAAAAAGGAUUUCUUCAACUUAAACUUUAGUUUCCGAGGUGAGGGGUAUCUAGGCCUUUGUGUGGAGAAGGAAGGAAAACUAAUUUACUUUGUGAAUGUUUACGCUUCUUGUGACUUAACCUCUAGGAAAAGAACUUGGGAUAGGUUAUGUGAGUUCAAAAACAAUAAUAGUAAAGGUUCUUGGUGCGUUGGAGGAGAUUUCAAUUCUGUCACCUCUUUAGAAGAAAGAAUUGGGAUAUCUACUCGUAGCUAUAGGAGGGAGAUAACAAGCUUUAAAGAGUUUAUAGAGGACAUGGAGUUGGUGGACCUUCCGACUAUAGGAGGAAAGUUUACUUGGAUUAAAAGUAAUGGCAAGAGUAUGAGUAGGAUCGAUAGAUUUCUGCUAUCGGAUUGUUUUGUUGAAGAUUGGAAAGUAGAGAGCCAAUAUAUUGGAGAGAGGGAUGUGUCCGACCAUGCUCCAAUUUAG